AGCCCAGUCCAAAGUCCGCUGGGAUGACCUUUAUUACUUCCGCUUUCGAAGUAACUAGAACUUUGCUGGAGGCAGGUUGUGAUCUUCUCCUUUAGCCAAUUCUACGAGAAGCAUUCAAGUGCAAGUGCCUCUUGGCAGCCUUGUUUGUUCCCCUUCCUAAGAAUAUUUUCCCAAUCCAGAGUCGGAUUAGAAUCCUGCUGUAUCCAGCCCCUGCAGCUACACACACUCUUGGACGCUGACCACAAGUACAACCAGGUGCAAACUGUCUCUGGAGCCAGGCUUUGUAGAUGCACUGAGCUGCCCAGGAGCUUCUGAGAAACCCCCUGGCUCAUCUGGAUGGGGCUUCAAUUUCAAGAGAGCCCUGCUGAGAAGGUGAAUCCAUACAGAAGCAAGAGAGCCCACGGGACACCAGAGAACGUUUUACAAUUUUCUACACCUGCUGGGGAAACGAGUACCUCAUUGUCAGAAUGAACAUUUGGUGCCUCCAGUGUGCUCCACUUUCUGCUCUGAAGAAGAUGAUGGGUGUUCCCUGUUUCUUCUCUGCUGGCUUUCUCCCCACUCUCCUCCUUCUCCAGAUGUCCACGUGGUGCUCCGCAGUGUCCGGGUUUUCUGUAAAGGGACCAGCUCAGCCCAUCAUGGUGCUGCUAGGGGCAGAUGCCACCCUGCCCUGCCAGCUGUCCCCUGAGCAGAAUGCCGCCCACAUGCAGAUCCGGUGGUACCGAGUCCAGCUCUCCCCCGCUGUGCUUGUGUACCAGAAUGGACAGGAACAAGACGGGGAGCAAAUGCUGGAGUACCGUGGCAGGACAGAGUUGGUGGGGGACUCCAUCGGCAAAGGGGCUGUGGCCCUGCUGAUCCAAAACAUCCGUGCCUCUGAUGAUGGCCAGUAUUGGUGUCAUUUUAACGAUGGUCGCAUCUCCCAAGAAGCCACUGUGGAGCUGCGUGUUGUAGGCGUGGGAUCUGCCCCUCACGUUCAGAUGAGGGGGCCCGAGGAUGGCGGGAUCCGAGUUCUGUGCUCCUCGGGUGGCUGGUUCCCCAAACCCAGGGUGUAGUGGAGCGGCACGGCGGGAAUGAAGCUGCCAUCCCUCUCUGAGUCUCAGACCCAAGAUGGAGAUGGGCUCUUCCAUGUGGAGGCAUCUCUUGUGGUCACAGAUAGCUCUGCAGGCAACGUGACCUGCUCCGUCCAGAACACCCUCUCCGGCCAGGAGAGAGUGUCGGCCGUCUUCCUCCCAGAGGCCUUCUUCCCCAGGAUGUCUCCAUGGAAGGCAGCUCUGGCUGGGACCCUCCCUGUGCUGGGGCUUCUCCUCAUUGGGAUCAGCUACGCUGGCUGGAGAGAACAUAAAGCCAAAGAAAGAGAAGUAACGGAAAGGAAGAAAGAAUCUCAUGAAAAGGAUGAGAUGAGGAGAGAAAAGGAACAGGUGCUUGAAGUCAAAGAAAACCUCAAGGCAGAGCUUGAAAGGCGAAAGGCAUUAUACCGAGAAGAUUGGAAAAAGGCCUUGCUAUAUCCUGAUUGGAGAAAGGAACAGUUCCAACUUGCUCCUGUGACUUUAAAUCAAGAAAACUUUCAUAAGGACGAUUCUUACCCAGAGAGAAAAGAGAACUUCAGGGAAGACAUGCAGGGAGACUGCAAACUUGCGGCACUAAAAGCGACAGGGUUCACUUCAGGGAGAUACUAUUGGGAAGUGGAUGUCGGGGAUGCGGAUGAAUGGACUCUAGGCAUUUAUGAGAAGCCCACGGAGAGGAGUGAUUUAAAAAGUGAUCUACUAAAGAAGUACAGAGUCUUAGAGAAGAAAGGAUGUGAAUACAGGGCUCUCACCAGUUAUCGCCACGACAUUUCCCCAGAAAAGCUUCUGGUGGAAAAGUGUCCACAAAAGAUUGUGAUAUUCUUGGAUUAUGAGGACAAUGACAUUUCUUUCUAUAACAUGACUGAUGGAACCCACAUCUUCUCCUUCACUCAGGCCAAUUUCUCUGGGUCACUCUAUCCUUACUUCAAACUUAAAUCCAUGGGGCUCUCCCCAUCUGCAUGAUAGUAAGUGACACAGAAGAAGAAUCUAUAUACCAUGAAGGCAGUAGCAAAUUCUCUGUAAACCCUAGGACUCCAGUCCUGAUGGAUGUCCUCAGGGCCACUGAUUAUGAGGACUCCUGGCUUAAGGCUCCUUGAAUCUGCAUGAGCAAAAUUUCUAAUCACAUCAAGCAGUGUUUCUCAAACAAUCUGCAGAGAAGAAUCUUUUUUUUUUCUCUUUUGAUUAUUGUUGUAAAUAUCUCUUGCUUUAUGUAUUAUAUAUCACAGACCCAUAUUUUUCUGAAAUAAAUUACUGGAAAUAUAAUGAAGUGAAUAAAAAACAAAGGCAUACGA